GAGUGCAGAGUGCAGAGUGAAGACGGUGAAUAUUCGACAAAGCUCGUUUCCUGAGAGCUGUCGGAGCCUCUCGCAUGAAGCACAAAGUGACCCCACCAGCCAUCGAAGGAAAUCCUGAGUUUGAGCGAACAUUCAGAGCGCAGCAGAACACGCUGGAGUUUUAUCCUCCUUCUUUGGGAGGUUUGUGGAUCGGAUCCGUUUUCUUCCAUCCGGGCUACCCGGCUUUCGUCUGAGCCUCCGCUUCCUCAUGGGACUGCUCCUGAUCAGUGUCCUUGGCGUGGGCCACAAAGCAGUCCGUUACUAUGGCGACGUGGACCUGCUCAAGCUCGUGCAAGACCACGUGCCCAUGCUCAAAUUCUAAUCGGCCCGGCGUCGGACGUCGUUGGCAUGGCGUUGGACGACCGUUGGGUGGAUGACGACACACGACAGCUUAGAGUGAGACCGGAAGUCAAAGUGCAGAAAUCAAGAACUUUGGUUUUGUAGAUAAAAUGUUUGUGUUAACUUUGU